AAUGAUAGAGAGAUUCCUUAAGCAGGAAGGAACUGAAAACAGUACAAUUCAUAAGAGAAUCUCUUCAAGUUCCUUUACCUAUCUGAGUAGACAAUCAAGAAAGCGACGAAUGAACGACAAUUUGAGCACUAUAUCGUUUGGGUUAGGAAACGGCGAGGCAGGUUGCGAACUGCAAAAGGAAAGAGGCGACUUUACGCUAAAUAAUAAUGUCAUUGACCGUCGUAUCCAAUUGUUCUCUACUAACGCAAAUGCUCAGAAUCAUAAACGGCUAUUCGAAACUCGCUCAAUGAAUUCUACUUCCGAUUUGCCGAUUCGGAGAAAUCGACGAUGUCAUCAACAAACCAGGAAAGGAUCUUGCUUUGUUAGCGAAUUUCAACAGAGUACAAGUGACAAAGGCAGGUCGAUGGGCAAAGUACCCAGAAUUGCUCAACUUCAAUUGGAAGAAGCCGAGUUAAUGAAUGAUUUUAGGCCUAAGAGCGGUAUUACAAUAACAAGUUUCAUUCGUUCAUUCUUAGCUAAUAAUUUGACCUCACUAGCGGCCCCACCUAAUCAAAGACGUUUAACUGCUGUAGCUGCUCCUAUCACAAACGCUUUAAAUCACUUGUUCUAUUUUUAUAAAUGGCCUCCAAGGCGUCACUUAUUCAACGCUCUCGGCUCUUUAGUUUUUCAGCAAAAGCUUCUUUCUGCACCACAAAGUAUAGAUUCCGAGAUAAAGAUAAGUAGUGAGAAGGAAAAAGAGGUAGACAGAGAGAAAGUGAAGAAGAAAAGAAUUGAGAUAAGAGAGGAAGAGUAUAGCGAGAGAGAUAGAGGGAGGGAGAGAGAGAGAGAUAGAGAGAGAGAGAGAGGAAGAGAGUGCAAAUGA